CAUUGCAAGGCCCCGCCUCCUUCCAGCAUUAAAUAGUUGCUCAACACUUCAGUAGAAAGACUCUGAUAAGACUUGGGUCCAUUCAUUGAACAGCGUUGACGUCGCAGGUCACUGCAGGGCAGAGAGGAACCGGUCCGUCAGUACGAGAUUGAACCCAGCAGUCACAAUGGCAGACAGCGGGAAAACUAAUGAGGCUGGAGCUGCAGCAACUGAACCAGCUAAUGGAGAGCAGCAGAAUGUUGUUGCAAGAGUGAGCCACUUGCCUCUGGUCAGUUCAGCCUGUGAGGCUGUUUCCAAUGCCUACAGCAGCACCAAAGACAACGUACCCUUGCUGAAGGGGGUGAUGGAUGUUGCAGAGAGUGGGGUCCGCACUCUUGGAGCAGCUGCCAGUACGGGGUCCAAACCUGUUUUGGGCAUGAUCGAACCACAACUUGCCACAGUGAAUGAGUAUGCCUUGAAAGGACUCAAUAAGAUGGAAGAGACGCUGCCGAUUCUUCAUCAACCAGCUGACAAGGUGGUGUCAGACACCGUAGGUAUGGUGUACCAGUCAGUGACGGGGGCCAAAGACGCGGUGCUGGGCGCUGUGAUGAGUGGCGUCGAGCUGACCCGGGCGGCGGUCAGUGGUAGUAUAAACACCGUCAUGAGCACCAGGAUGGGCCAGAUGGUCAGCAGUGGGAUGGGUCUGGCCCUCAGCCGAUCUGAGGACUGGGUUGAUCAGAACCUGCCACUUACUGAGAGGGAGCUGGCUGCUGUGGCUGAGCCUGCCAACUCUGAGGUGUCGACUACGUCAGCCAACCCCAGCUACUUUGUCCGUCUGGGUAAACUCUCUGCCAAGGUGCAGGAGCGAGCUCUGGAGCAAUCCCUGGGCCGCGCACGCCAGGCCAGAGAUGCCACCUACUCUGCGGUGGCUCAGAUUACCAGCACCCUGGACUUGGUGGAGAGCGCCCGUGCCAGUCUGGGGACAGCAGGCAACCAAAUAGCAGGAGCUCCAGAACAGCUGCUGCAGCGCUGGACCGAAUGGAAGAAGAAACGGGAGGGAGAGGGACUGACCGAGUCAGAACCAGAUGGGUCCAAAGAUGAAUCUGAGCAGCUGGAAUCCCGCGCCCUUUCUAUGGUACGAGGCCUGAGUGACCAACUGAGGGCAUCGUGCUCAAGCGUGGUUUCCAGUGCUCAGGGUCUGCCAGGAACAGUCCAGGAACAGUUGACCAGUGCCCAGGUAGCCGCCGAAGAACUGCAGACAUCGCUCAGAAACGCCAGCACUCUCACUCCCGUCCUGCUAGAGCGAAGCCGACAUCACCUAAAACAAGUUCAACAUUCACUGGAUGGCGUCAUGGAGUUUUUGCUACACAACACGCCGCUCAACUGGCUGGUGGGACCUUUUGGUGCUCAGAAGACUGAGAGUGAACAAGGGGAAGUGCAAAUGGAACAGGCUAGCUCAAACAACUAGCACUCCAUUUUUUUUUUUGUCCUCACUUUUGUUUCUUUUUAACAAAAGCUUCCAGUAUUUUGAAGUUUUUUUUCAAGGCAUAUCCUCUCUAAAAUACUGCAUAAUGUUCAUUUAAUCACAUCUUUAUUUUGAUGCUUAUAAAUUAAACUUAAAAUAAACUGACAUUGCACUGAUCACUCAGCAUUUAACACAGUUGACAUAAAAAGGUGGUUUUCCCUUUAUCUUUUACAUUUGUACGUUUCUUUUCUUUCUGUCAAGUAAUAACCCAACCCUUUUUAAGAUGGGACAUUUGUUGACAUUCCAGUCAUUCCAACAACAGAACCAGGAACAAGAUAUAGGAGGAAUUGAGAGCACAUUUCACGAGUUUAUAACAUUCACGAUUGUUCCAUGUAAAUAAGCUGUCACUAAAAAGUAUUCAAUAAAUCUUGAACAGAAGACUG